ACUAGAGUAAGUAUUGUGCAGCCGCAUGGAGAGGGAGGGUUAAGAUUUCUUGGUUCUGAGUUUACUUUCCAAGGUGAUACAGAGAGAGCUACUUCAAUGUUUAGAGUCACCUCAUCACUCUCCAUCUCAUCCGCUUUUUGUUUUCUUUCCUUUUUUUUCUAUUUCAUUUGAAGCCAUCAACCAGUAUUUCCCUUUCUCAUCAAGAAUGGACGAAUUGGACGAAUUCAAGAAUAGAAAGAGUGGGGCUGAGAGGGAAGCCAUAAGGAGAGUGACAGCAAAAGAAAACUUAGAUCCUUUCUCAACUCAACACUAAAACCAGUGUGCUAGCCUCCAGAAAGAACCCAGUUUUCUUCUUCCUCCAAAAUAGUUUUUACGUUUAAAAAAAACUGAGUUUGCCGGUCGAACCGAGAGGCCGAGUUACCGAGUUUUUGACUAAACCGGCCGAGUCGCAACGGUUCGUACCGAGUCAGUUACAUGGCCGAUCGGAUGUCUGGCUCGGACCGGUCAAGGGUCCGGUUCACGGUCUGAACGGUCGAACCGGUCGGUCAAGACCGAGUUUUAUAACACUGCAUAGUACUAUUCCCAUUUGCAUAGAUAAAUAAACUUUCCCCGCUUUUCUUUAACAAACAAAAAGAGCUUCCAUGGAGAAGGGAGAUAUUCCUGAGAAUGCCAAUGACCAUUGCCCGGGUUCUCAAUCUGACUCUGCUGGAAAAUCCGAUGGAUGCCAAGGAUGCCCAAAUCAGCAAACUUGUGCCACUGGUGCCCCCAAAGGACCUGACCUUGAUCUGGCUGCUAUAAAAGAAAGGAUGGCUACUGUGAAACAUAAGAUAUUGGUCUUAUCAGGAAAGGGAGGAGUUGGCAAGAGCACUUUUUCUGCCCAGCUAGCAUUUGCUUUAGCGGCAAAGGACUUUGAAGUUGGUCUUCUUGACAUAGACAUUUGUGGUCCAAGCAUCCCAAAGAUGCUUGGCCUAGAAGGUCAUGAGCUACACCGGAGCAACUUUGGGUGUGAUCCUGUCUAUGUGCAGCCCAACCUUGGUGUCAUGUCAAUUGGGUUUGUGAAUUCUGAUCCUGAUGAUCCUAUUAUAUUAAGAGGUCCACGCAAAAGUUGGCUUAUCACUGAGUUUUUAAAAGAUGUCUAUUGGAAUGAACUUGACUUUCUAAUUGUUGAUGCUCCACCUGGAACCUCAGAUGAACAAAUUUCAAUUGUUAAGCUCCUUGGUGCCACUGGAUUAGAUGGUGCAAUCAUAGUUACUACACCUCAGCAAGUCUCUCUUACUGAUGUAAGAAAAGGAGUGAAUUUUUGCAAGCAAGCUGGAGUGAAAGUUCUUGGGGUUGUGGAGAAUAUGAGCGGGUUGUGCCAGCCCGUGAUGGAUUUCAAGUUUUUGAACUUGGCAGAUAACGGUGAGCAGAAAGAUGUUACAGAGUGGUUUUUGAAAUUCAUGAGAGAAAAAACACCUGAAAUGGUGAAUAUGAUUGCAUGCACUGAAGUAUUUGAUAGUAGUGGCGGUGGAGCAGUGAAGAUGUGCAAGGAAAUGAUGAUACCAUUCCUCGGUAAGGUUCCUUUAGAUCCGAAGCUUUGUAAGGCAGCUGAAGAAGGUAGAUCCUACUUUGAUGAUAAGGAUUGUGUUGCGAGUGCUUUUGCAUUAAAGAAUAUUAUAGACAAGUUGAUGGAAACAGUUGAAAGUGUGCCAUAGGAAUAGGAUGCUUCAGAACUAUUUUUAAUUUAUUUUCAACUAGUCAAAUUAAGAUUCUGCCACUAGCCAUUAGUGGAUAGGUUAGUUUCUAAUCUAAAUUUUCAAUUAUCAGUAGCGGUUUCUAGAAUUAAGGAGCAUUAUCUAUUGAUGUAUUUAAAGUAGUGAUUGCAUUCAAUAAAAUUCAUCCUCAGUAUAGGCA